CUCUUUAAGGGAAAAGAGGAUUUCCUAUUGACAGUAAGUGAUUGCUGACUCAGACAGAUGAUGUAAAAGCUGACGCCACCGCUCAGUCUCUAUAUAAUGGGCACAGAUCAGGAGCGAGGCACCUCAAAGGGGAAACGUGGAAGCGGUGCCUCAAGACCAUCAGCUUUUUAUAAAGUUCUGUUCCACCAUUUACCAGGAAAGUCAUGGAGAACAUCACGUUGUAUCCAACCUUCAACGUUACACCCCCGGACCACACUUCUGGCAAUACAACUGACUACUAUGAAGACUAUGGACAGUCCCCUGAGAAUUACUUCGCUUUGUUUGUCUACUCUUUGGCCUUUGUACUUGGGACUAGUGGAAAUGGCCUGGUCCUCUGGUUCACAAUCUUCAAGAUGAAAAAGACGGUCAAUGUCAUUUGGUUCCUUAAUUUAUCAAUCGCUGACUUCACCUUCACAUUAUUUCUCCCCUUGAGCAUAAUCUACUUGGCUUAUGAUUUCGAAUGGAUCUUUGGGGCAUUCAUGUGCAAGUUGAAUAGUUCGGUGGCUUUCAUCAAUCUGUUUGCCAGCGUCUUCCUGCUCACCAUCAUCAGUAUAGAUCGUUGUAUCUCUGUCAUCUUUCCUGUUUGGUGUCAAAACCACAGAACGCCAAAACUGGCUUUAUUUGUUGUCAUCGGAGUUUGGGUCCUGGCUAUUAUAUUUAGCCUCCCAUACUUUAUAUUUCGAAACACCGUUCAAUAUUAUGACGGCAGCUUUGGUUGCUUUAACGACUUUGAGCUUGAUCCUGACAUCGAAGAGUUAUCGCCCAUUGGCAAGUCCCGUCAGAAAGGGACAAUUAUAACCAGAUUCCUCGUGGGAUUUGUGAUCCCUUUUAUUGUCAUUGUCUCUUCUUAUUCCAUAAUUGCUCUACGUAUUCAAAGAAAUCACAUGACCACGUCCACCAAGCCCUUCAAAGUCAUCAUCGCUGUGAUUACUUCCUUCUUCGUCUGUUGGUUUCCUUAUCAUGUUAUCUCCUUGAUGGAAUUGCAUGCAGGUAAUUUUUCACCCAAUGUAUUUCGUGUUGGCGCUCCUCUCACCUCCAGCUUGGCUUUCAUAAACAGCUGCAUCAAUCCUUUUCUCUAUGUUUUUAUUGGCCGGGACUUUAAGAAAAAAUUCUGGGGUUCCUUCCAUUCAAUAUUCGAGAAAGCUUUCAAUGAAGACUCAUUACAAAAAGACCUCCAGAACAAGACCAAGUCCACCUCUGACUCCCAUGUGGUCUAACUGAUCACCUUCAUAUCUGAACUUCGAUUACAUUCUUAUACACUGAAUGACUGGACUAAACAACUCGAGAAAACAUUCGGUAACAAUGUUUCUUAGCGCUAUGUUAUUUAAAGGUUCAGAAAUCUAUGGUUUGAUCUCAUCACAGUCCUGAUGAAUGCAUAUCAUUAGAGAGUUGGAGAAACUUUGAGAGACUUGAAGAUUUCACGUAUUUUACAGUACGCCCCUUUGAUCAACCUACUGGUUGAAUUAGGGGCUAGUUGUCCCAGUGGUUGGUUAGCGUAAAAAAGUCACAUUUUCAGUUAUCCGAUGAUAAGUAUAAAAAAGUUUGUCCCGCUGGUAUGCCCCCAAGUGAUUAGCUGUGAUUGGUGGAGGAAGUGGCAGCAAAUGUUCAAUUUCCCUACAGUGCCACCACAGGGGGGAUUUCGGUAUUACACAGUUCUCCUUUUUUUAGUCCUCAUCACUCUAGCUUAAUGAUGGGGGAACCCGCAUAUUGACUUAGAACUUGCUCAUAGAUUAUUUCUGUUGGUAAAUAUCUUUAAUCUAGCCCGAUGUAAGUUACUCAGGUUGACUGAACACUGAACAGACACUGGUUGUUUGCCCCAAGACCAUAGAAAUGGUAGAACCAAGACCUGCCGUCCCUCUUGACAUGUCUGUUUUAGGAAAUCAUCGGAUGGCCCAUGAAGUAGCAAUUCUAGGUCUUUUUUUUUUUUUACUUUGAGUUGUGUAUGAAUGAAUAUAUUGAACACUGGACUGCAACGCUCCUGUUGACAUUGUCUGCACUGAUCUGACAAUGUAGAGUAUGCAAAGACAUACCCCCAACUGGCAGCAUCAAGGUUUUUUCUAGUAGAAAUAACCAAGGAAGAGGGCAGAGUUCUGAGAAUUUUUCCCCCAAAUUGUUAUAGUGUUGACAAUACGAUAAUUUACCACAUGUCAUGAGAGGUGACAGAUACUCUUAAAUUAAAAAAUAUUGGAAGUCAUGAUGUUACUUUGAUUCUAUUUAUUACUCACAGUAUUUUAUUGCUAUAAUAAUGCUGCAGUCAUUACAAAAAAAUCUUAGUUAGACAUUUUAUGUAAAACCCAUGAUACCAAAAUAUUCUUAUAGUAAUAGGGGUCCAAUAUUUCUUAUAUAGAGCAUCAAGUACUCCUACUUUAAAAUUUGAACUACCUGUAUACACCACAGAAGGAUGCGUAUAUGAAUUUUGCAUACAGAACUAUUGAUUUCAGUGUACUGUAUAAAUGAUCAGAAAUAAGCUCCUGAGCUCCCCCUAGUGGUGGCUGUAUACAUCUGUAAGUAGUAGUCUCCUGAGCUCCCCCUAGUGGUGGCUGUAUACAUCUGUAAGUAGUAGUCUCCUGAGCUCCCUCUA